AUGCCACAGCAGAGACAACUGAGUCACAAGGAUAAACUCUUCAUACUCAACAGCUGGCUCAACUUCAGAAACGGCAAGAGAGAGGAAGACAUAGGGAUGGAGGCCGCGCUGGAGAUGUAUUCCAUCUAUCCCGAGAUCAAGGACAUCUUCACCAUCUACAGAGAUGCCAGGAUGAAGCACCUGACCGACAAGGAGAUGAUUCGAACCCACUCUCAGCAGGUUGCCAGUGUUGUAGACAAGUGUGUGAUGCGGAUGGACGACGCGCAUGCGUUCGCCAUGAUCGCUGUCGACGAAGGCUCGGUGCACAUCAAGAUCCAGGAGCGGUUUAUGCGGUGCUAUGUUGACUGCUACAUCCGAGAGAUCAAAAAGUACUCCAAACUGAAAUGGUCUCGGGCUAACCAGAUGGCUUGGGAGGUAUUCUUCGAUACAAUCGUAGUCAAUAUGAAGAACGGCUGGGAUCACCGCACGUCAGUUAUAGCUCUCCCCCCAGGUCCGACAAGACCUAAAAAGAAAGGAAUUGGUUCUUUUACUAAGAAAUCUAGAUCUAAAACGAAUCAUUAA